GUUUUCAGCUUUACUUCCACUUUUGUUUAAACCAACCUGCAAAAUUCGUUGUUCCGUUUCUUCACAAUUUCAAUUGCUUCUGUCGCAUCGCAUCACAUUGCUUGUUGCAUGUUCGUGUUUCGCGACGACGGCGAUGAUGACGGCGUUUGAGUCUCACGCGAUUCCUCUCCUCCUCUUACUGUUACUAACUCCGAUCAAUGCCUCUAUCCACGACUACUCCAACGAGGCCUUCACCCACCGCUCCGACGCCUUCUUCUUCCACGGGGGCAGCGAAGCGCUCUUGGCCAAAUCCUUCAUCAGGUUCGAAACGGUCACGUUUACACGUCCGCGUGAAUCCGCAAUCUCGCAGGGGAGGAUGCAGCAGAACACGGGGUUAGUUGAGGCCAUAUUGCUAGAGGUUCGGGAUCGGAACCGGAUCGGAGGUUCGUACCUGAAAUCCGAUUUGAUCUGCUGCGAUCCGAAGCUGGCUAAGGAGCGGAUCUGCAACCUCGGUGAAGUGAUAAUCCAGAAGAACCCCGACAACCUCGAGUUGCCGAAGCGCAUCAAAACCUUCUUCCAGGGAACCGAUGAACAGGUCCAGAUGGAUACGACGACCCUUGACAUCAAUGCCACCGGUAUGUACUACCUCUACUUCAUGUUCUGCGACCCUUCCCUUAAGGGCACCACCAUUCAGGGAAGGACAGUGUGGCGUAACCCUAAAGGGUAUCUGCCUGGAAAAAUGGCCCCUCUAAUGACCCUAUAUGGCUUCAUGUCUCUGGCUUAUCUUUUACUCGGUCUUUGUUGGUUUUUGAGGUUUGUUCAGUUUUGGAAAGACAUUAUCCACUUGCAUUAUCAUAUCACCGCUGUUAUUGCGCUGGGAAUGUGUGAGAUGGCUGUGUGGUAUUUCGAGUAUGCUAACUUUAACUCCACUGGGACUAGACCCAUGGGGAUUACCCUCUGGGCUGUCACCUUUACUUCGGUGAAGAAAACGCUGUCGCGGCUGCUGCUGCUGGUUGUGUCCAUGGGGUAUGGGGUUGUUCGCCCCACGCUCGGUGGGAACAGGAUUGCUUACAGAGUGCUGCUUCUUGGUCUGCUGUAUUUUGUUGCCUAUGAGGCACUCGGGCUUGUUGAGCAUCUGGGGAACAUCAAUGACUUCUCCGGGAAGACCAAGCUGCUUUUGGUGCUCCCUGUUGUUUGCCUUGACUCCUGCUUCAUUCUAUGGAUUUUCUCAUCGUUGUCCAAAACCUUGGAGAAACUGCAGACAAGGAGAAACUUAGCUAAACUUGAGCUCUACCGUAAGUUUACAAACACACUCGCGGUGUCUGUGCUACUGUCCAUUGCAUGGAUUGGCUUUGAGCUAUACUUCAAUGCUACUGAUCCAUUGAAUGAGUUGUGGCAAAUCGCUUGGAUUAUCCCAGCCUUCUGGUGUCUGCUUUCAUAUGCUCUCUUGCUGGUGAUAUGUGUCCUUUGGGCUCCUUCUCGGAACCCUACUAGAUAUGCAUACUUGGAGGAAACAGGAGAUGACUUUGAUGAGGAGGGUAUCUCUCUGACAAGCAGUGUAGCAAAGAUAACUGGGGAUGUUGCAGCCAAACUUGAACGGAAGACUGAUCUUGCCUUUGGAGAAGAUCUGGAGGAAGAUAAGCGAGAAUAAUGUCAAACUUGUAUAGUAGUGUUUCACAUGAUAUCAUUGCUCCCAAGGAUGUCUGUAGAUGUCCAUAUAUACGCAGAUACGGUUUUGAAUGGUGCAGGUGUCAAUUGUGAUGGGAAACAAGGGAGGCUGUGGCAAUCUCCUCAAUACAUCAAAAUGGUUUAAUUGCAAGUCAUACAAACCCCAUGCCAUUAGAAAUUAGAAUGAAUAGUUUUUCGUGACAGAUGGUGUGAUAAAAUCAUUCCCCUGUAUGGUUUCAGAUGACCAUCAUCCGUAUGUAUCCAUCAACAUGCCUUCAAAUUUACAUUGCUGUCUCUCAUGCUUUUUUUCUUAGCAAACCCAGUUUUAAAAUCAUUGCCCCAGGAUGUUAACUUUAAGAAAAAUUUCUGACAUUGUUGAGACUGACUGAGACUCUCAGCCUCUAAUAUAUUUAAGUAGAUUUAGCUUGCACUA